AUGAAGUCACUUAGCAUUCUACCACUCGCAGUCCUAGCAGGAAAAUGCCAAGAAAAGUGCAAUUCCGACUUAGAGGUCUGCCUCGUUGACUGCAUAACCCAAUCGCCCGAGGAUGUUCGCUGCCCAGGAGAUUGUGCAAGAGCUGAAAGUGACUGUCUUUUCAGAUGCCAGGACAGUAAUUAUGGCCUCUUCGCAGCUAGCAAAAACUACAUGGAAGUCAACUUCGGAACAGAUGUUGCUGAAUAUUCUUUCGACUUCGACUUUGCUGGGCACGACUUCGAAACUGCUUGCUCAGUUGAAUUCGAGGGCGACUAUUACAUCAUCGGCGGUAUCAAAAACAUCCAGCGAGUUUCUAAGGUUUCGAACUGCGGACUGAGCCAGGUCGAUUUUAUGUAUCAAGCGUUCUACGGCCAUCGUUGCACGAACUGGAAUGGGGCUAUCCAUAUCUGCGGAUCGGAAGUUGACGCUGGCGCUUGUUGGAAAUAUGUUCCAGGCCGUAGCCAGAAUACCAUCGCUAGAAGUCAAUAUGGCCACAGCGAGGGUGGGCUAGUCGUCUAUGACAAUUAUCUUCUCCGAAUCGCCGGUUACACUCAAAAAGUUGAAGCUUACGGCGAAGGCGACUCUUUCUGGUCCGAUUUCAACGCUGAUUUGCCGUACGUCUUGAGUCAAUUUGCAGCCCUUGUCGUAGACGAUUCCAUCUUCCUCUUUGGAGGAUACUCCGGCGCCUCAUACAGCCAAGUCGACACAAUUCUGCGCUUCGACAACAACUCAAGAAGCUGGGACCAAAUUGGUCAGAUGGAGUACAGCCGAAGGAAUUUCGCAAUCGUCCAGGAAGAAAAUUUUGUUUACAUUGCUGGAGGAGAAGAAUUCAACCUGCCAUUUGAGGUCUUUGAUACAGAGACUUUCGAAACAAGUACUUUGGAAAGCAUGUCGCAGAACUUCUACUACGCACAAAUCAUACCCGAAGAAUUUUUGAACUGUCGAAGUUAG